GCUUCCUAUAUAAAGCAUUCUGCUGGUUUACACCUGCUGUUUGUUAUCAUUUACGAUAUCAAUCGCUUGGUUUUGAUGAAGUGAUUAUCGCUUUCUCAUAGAAAAAGCAACUUCAUUUGUUGUUUGUGCCUCUUAGAAAAUGCCUAGUAGAUCGACUGGAGUAAUCAACCAGGACUGGGAACCAGUUGUGCUAUGCAAGUCAAAACCCAAGGCCCAAGACCUGCGCAAUCACAAGGCGGUGAACCAGGCCCUCCGAUCAGGCGCGCCAGUCCAGACAAUCAAGAAGUUUGACACUGGUUCAAACAAGAAAGCAGCAAUUGUUGUAAACGCAAGGAAGUUGGACGAAGAGACGGAGCCGGCGGCAUUACAAAAGGUGUAGAGUGAGGUAAGGCAGGCGAUCCAAAAAACGCAGCUGGAGAAGAAGAUGAGCCAAUCGAAGCUUGCUAAGUUGAUUAAUGAGCAGCCUAAGGUGGUGCAGGAGUAUGAGAAUGGCAAGGAGGUUCCUAAUUAGGCCAUUUUGGCAAAGAUGGAGAAAGUGCUGGGCGUGAAGCUCAGGGGGAAGAUCAGGAAGUAACUUUUUUGGUGGAAGGGUAGUUUACUGGCUUUUAUUUGGGGGUGCUUUGUGAUUUG